GGCUAGAUCUCUGACCUUGUGAAAAUUUUCCCCUUCCUCUCUAGAACUCUUUAAUAUAUGUUUCGCACCAUCACGGCGUCUUCAACAUUCCCGAAGGCUCCAAGAGACCUUCAAAGCGCUACGGGCGCAUUCUUAGAUCCCCGAAGAAGACCCUCAACGAGAUGCUCCUUGCCCACAUGGAUGACGUGACGAAGUGGAUAGAAGAGAGAAUCCAAGGGGAGACCGAAGAAGAGUGAUGGAAAAGAGUGCAUUCGGAUUUCCGUUUUCCGCGCCAGUUGAAGGACGCGUUUUACUUUUUAAAAACAAAGGGCGGCUAGGGAGGAGGAAGAUCUCGGUGAAGUCUCUUUUUUUUUUCUCUCCUUUCUCUCUAUCGAUUCUUUUUUUUAUUAUCACGGUGUUUUUACACGCGGAAUAGGAAUGAGAUUCAACUUCAAGAAGAGAAUUUUCUUUUCGUUUCGGCUUUCUUUCCUUUUUUUUUUUUUUUUUUUUUUUCCCGCGGUUUUGUGGUCGACUAAUCGCGAGCAAAGUCUUAUCCUCAAGCUUCCCCAACCCCCCUGUCAAGGCUUUCCCAUAUGUGUUGUGAUAUCACCGUCGCACAACAGCCCUGAAUGUUGCAUAAAGAGGCCAAAACCCUGCGAGGUCCUCCGCUUGGACUCUCGCGCAAACCGCAAGCAAACCCAACCCUCCCCCCCUUCCCCCCUGGUGCGGGGACGGCUUGGACCAAAAGCAGAGCUUACCAGGUUGGACAAAGAGGUCCUAGCUAUAGAUCCGUGUGCUCGUUGAACCCGGUGGUUUGGUCGUUUCGUGCACGGGAGGGCCCGAUGAAAAGCUGGGCUCGUGCGAUUUGACGCUUGGGUAUCAUGUUGGAUUUUGCUGUCGCAGGGUGCAUUGUGCUUGAACUACCUCUUUUUCUAUUUUUAUUUUUUAUUUUUAUUUUUGCUAUUGUUGUUGCUGGGAUCGUUUUCUCUUCUCUCAACAAAAUGCACAUGUGACAUGAUCGAGCGAAUAUGGGUUUUUAUCCGACUAUGCACGGAGGACUCCGUGCGUUGUUCUCGUUGCCAGAUCGCAGCGAGCAAAUUGCUACAUAGUAACCGAAGAGCGCAUCAGCGUGGAGCCAGCACACGUUAAGAGGACUGGGCGUAUAUAGGUAUAAUUUCACCCCGCCGGAACUCCUGUACGUGGUGC